GUCAGGGUGAGCAUUACUGCUGAGUCGUUGCAAGGGGAGUCUUCACUCUGGAGCUAAAUUUUGCCAAGCCAAAUUUCCAAAAAGUUCAGCGGAACAUUGACCUUGUGCUAUAGAAAAUGUCAAGUUGCCUAAAACAACACUGGGUGAGCUACGCUGGGGACGAGGGUGAGGUUUGGAAAUGUGUCCUUCUGGCCCGUGCAUUGAGACGGUCGCUCACGACGAGACCGUUGGUCGUCAUCGUGUCGGACAAUGUGUCGCAUGACCUGGGUCGCCGCCUGCAGGGUGAAGUGGGUUCGGUGUUUUGGGCUGAACCGGUGCCGGGGGUGCUUUUCCGAUCUGUGGCGAAGCGGGUGGCAGGCGGGUUGAAGGGGCUGCACAAGGCCGUCUUCCUGGACUGCGCCUGCCUUCCCCUCAAAAACUGUGACGACCUGUUUCGAACCCAUGGAGUUCAGUGGGUGCGAGAGGACAAGGCCGUCGUGCUCACCAAGUCGCGAAGCUUGGCAGCCGAGGAUCACGACCUGAUUACGGAACUUGUGGUCCAACGUGAGAACGGUGGAAAAUUUGUGGCUGAAAAUCCGGGCAAACGCAAGCUGGAAGAACUGAGUUAUUGUGCUGAGUUGGAUUUCAAGAGCGCCCAUCCAACGCCAGUUCCUGGGAAGGAUAUGAAAAUGGUUUGUUUCGUGAAUGGUCACCCUCACGACCAAGAUGUCGAGCCAUUUCGUCAACGAGGUGUUCUUGAAGAAGAAGUGAUGAAGCUGUGCGUCUCGCUUUGCCCCGAGAUACAUUCUGCAAAGGUGGUGGUGAACGGUCCAGCCUUGGAUGGGCAGUUGGUGGACUGGGAGCUGCACAAUUCGAUCGCGAUCGUGGGAAUGGCGUGUCGCUACCCUUGCGCCAACACGAUUGCGGAGUUUUGGUCGCUGCUGGCGAAUGGGUUGGAAGGGAUUCGGAAGGUGCCCGAGGGUCGGUGGACCAAGGACAAGGCGUUCAUCCGGAUGGACAACAUGGGGGCGACGGAGGCAGGCUUUCUCUCCUGUCCCAUCCACACCUUCGACGCCAAGUUCUUCAACACCAACGCGGCGGACAUACACUAUCUCGACCCCCAGCAGCGCCUCUCCCUUCGCGUCGUUUGGGAAGCCUUGGAGCACGCCGGCCUCGACCCCAACACGCUCCGAAACACGCUCACCGGAGUUUUCGGAGGUUGGUGGCGGAACGAUUACAAGGAAAUGUUGCAAAUGUUGGGAAUCCCGGACACGGACUUUCUCCGCGGCUACAUGGGCAACGCCCUGGGACCGCUGACGGCCAGGAUUUCCCACUUUUUUGAACUUAUGGGCCCGUCGUUCUCCACCGAGUCGGGCUGCUCGACCUCCGUGGCCGGCGUGGACAUGGCCUGCGACAGUUUGAGGAGCGACGCGUGCAACCUGGCCAUCGCUGUGGGAGCCAACUUGCUGCUGCAUCCCUUCUCGCCGUCCGUGAUGGAGGGGGUUCUGGCUCCGGACGGUCGUUGCAAAACGUACGAUGCGAGUGCGGACGGGUUUGGUCGAGCCGAGGGGAUCGGCGUUCUCAUCCUCAAGCGGUUCUCGGAUGCCGUGGCGGACGGGGACACGAUUUGGGGAUGCAUUCGAGGAUCGGCCAUCGUGCAAGAGGGGCCGAGCAAGAGCAUGGGCACUCCCACCGUCGACGUGGAGGCCAAAGCCAUGGAGUUGGCUCUGGAGCGGGCCGGAGUGGACCCGAACGACGUGGAGUUCGUGGAGACGCACGGGACCGGCACACCCGUGGGUGACCCCAUUGAAAUAGCCGCCGUCGCCAAGGCCUAUUCGCGGGGGUCGAAAGGCAGGACCAAUGUGCUCACGAUCGGCUCCGUCAAGACCAACAUCGGUCACACCGAGUCGGUUUGCGGGAUAGCGGGGAUUCAAAAGUCGGUGCUGGCCAUGAAGCACGAGCUCAUCCCGAAGCAUUUGCACCUCAAGAACCUGAACCCCGACAUCAACCUGGACGCCAUUCCCGCCCAGCUCCCCCUGGAGGCCGUCCCCUGGAAACGAAGACCCAAGGGCGGCAAACCCAGAAUUGCUGGAGUCAAUUCUUUCGGCAUUACUGGAGCCCAGGCCCACGUGCUGGUUCAGGAGCCGCCAGAGAAUCUCCCUCCGCAUUCCUUCCCCUUCACGGACUCGAGAAAGCUGAGGAUGCUGACCUUCUCGGCCAAAUCCGAAGAAGCGUUCCGCUUCCAGGUGAAAGCAUACGCUGAUCUGCUCAAGAAUCUGCCCGACACAAACGAACCCAAGGAGCUGUUCUUGAGGGACAUUGAGUACUCGAUGCACACGGGUCGUCCCCACAUGCACCUCCGACAAGUGGCCUUUGGGUCCACGAAGGAGGAGCUGCUCAGUUCGAUGGAGGGGAUCAGAAAGGGCGCACCAAUUCCCAAUCAGGUUCCACAGCUCUGCUUCCUCUUCACGGGCCAAGGGUCUCAAUAUCCGGGAAUGGCCAGGUCGCUCUACGAACAGAGCAUCGUCUUCCGUUCCAACUUUGACUGGUGCGAGUCCGUGUUGAGCAAGGAGCAUGGAUUGCUUUCACUCAAAACUGCACUCUGGGAGGAACAGAAGUUGAGCGAGUUAAAUGACGGUCAGAAGUCUUUGCUGAAAUCUUCCCUUUACAGCCAAACCUCAAUUUUCGUGGUGGAGUUCUGUCUGCUUCGUCUGUGGGAAUCCUGGGGUGUCAAACCGGACGCUGUUCUGGGUCACAGUUUGGGCGAGUUCGCUGCUGCGGUGGCUGCGGGAAUGUUGUCGGCUGAAGACGCCCUCAAGUUGGUGGUCACGAGGUCCAAACUGAUCCACGCUCUGCCCGCCGCCAGCAUGCUCGUCGUCGGCACCAGUUUGGAGAAAGUGGAGCAAAGUUUGGAGCGGGCUUUCUCCAAUCAGAAAAAGUGGUUGGACGUGGCAGCGGUCAAUUCUGAGAGUCAGACCGUGCUUGCGGGCCCCACGGAUUUGGUCCACGAGUUCAAGCUCUACUGCGACAACAACGACAUCAAAACCCACGUGCUGGACGCCUCUCACGCCUUUCACUCUCAUCUCAUGGACCCAAUGCUUGCGGAAUAUGAGGCGCUCGCUCGUACGAUCGGCUACAAGGAAGCGUCGACGGGCAUCAAGUUCAUUUCUGCCGUGGAUGGACGCACGGUGAGCAAAGUCGACGCCAAGUACUGGGUGCGACACACAAGAGAAAGGGUGCGCUUUUUGGAGGCGAGCCAUGCUGCAGUCAACGAGGGCCAGAGUCUGUUCCUCGAAGUUGGACCGCAUCCCGUCCUCUCCACACUCCUCAUGACCAACGUUGACGAGGUUGCGGAUGUGGUCACGAGUGCCUCUCUUCGUCGAAAGUGUGACGAUUGGGAGACGAUGCUGGCUGCACUGGGGAAAUUGUACGCGCUGGGCCGUCCCAUCACGUGGGCCAAUUUCCAUCGCUAUUCGGGUGGGCGAAGGGUGGAGUUGCCCGGCUACCACUUUGAGGAGACGCCGUAUUGGAUGAACAUCAAGGACGAAGGGUCCAACCCCUUCCAUCCACUCCUCGGUUCCUUCGUCCCCAACCCGUCCGACGUCACCAUCUUCAAAAGCUCAGUCAACGUCCAUCGACUCCCAUUUCUCAAAGACCACGCCCUCGGCGACAAGAUUAUUUUUCCAUGCGUCGGCUACGUCGACAUGUGCAUGACGGCCGGAUAUGCCGCCACGAUGUGCAACGAGGGCAGUUACAUCAAACCAACUUCACCUCUCUGCGUUCGGAAUUUUUCAAUCCUCACCCCAGUUUGUUUGAGCGAAAUGACACCCACUGAAUUUCAGGUCGUCGUAUCUCGUCAGUCUGCUGGUGAAAUUAAUACCUCGAUCUUUACAAAAGUCUAUCUCGAAGACUCAACUUACAAAUGGGUUAAAAAUGCGGUUGGAAAUUUCGUAUCAUCUCCUCCAGUGCGUACUCUAAUUGCCAGCGAGGAAUUUGGUGCUAUCAAAGCCCGAUGUACUGAACUUGUUCGAGUAAACUUUGACUAUCGAGAGCUUGAGGAAUUUGGGUUUAAUUUUGGGCCUUCGUGUCAUACAGUUUCUCCAGGUUGUAAAAACCCCGAAAACUCUGGUGAGUGGUUGUUCCCUUUUCGAUGCCACGAAUCUCAAGAGGAUCACGAACGAUUCAUCGUCCAUCCCUGGGUAACGGAUCCUAUGCUGCAGUCUCAAAUCAUGGCACUCGGUCUGCUUCACGACACUCAAGUGCGGAAACGACUUGUUGUCCCGGUCUCAAUAGAUAACUUCACAUGGUGGGGUCACUCGGCCCCUUCGGGCUACAUCCACAUUAAACAUGGCGAUGGUGGAAAUGAAGCGCAUCUUUACAGUGAGGAAGGCAUACUCAUGGUUUCCAUGUUGGGAACGGAAUUUAUGGAGACGACCCUGGCCAACAUUCUCUCGUUGAUCGAUUCGCAAAAGAAUCCGUAUCCUUCCCUUGCUGAGUUCACGUGGAAAGAAAAACUCGGCCCGGAGGAAAGAAGGAUUCCUGACGCGGGUUUGGAGUCCAUUUCAAUUAAAGAUGUUACCUUUAACCCAAAAGAUUCAGCUUUUACUGCGGAAGAGUUCAAAUUUUACACAGAGUUCAACAUUCUUGGAGGCCUGUACAUGCUAAAGGCUAUGAAAGAACUUGGUCUUGAUAAGGAAGAAACUUUCACCUGGCCCGAAAUUAGCGAGAAGAUUGGAGUGCUGCCUUUGCUAAGUAAAUUCCUUCGCUACAUUCUUCUAGAGCUUGGAACUGAGGGAUGGGUAUCGGCAGGAAAAUGCGACACCUUUUCCAUCCCCAAGCCCUUCCCCUCCGUGGAAGCUUUACAAGCUAAAAUCUCGUCGUUAGCGGAAGUCAUCCGUGAAGGAGGGGUAGGACUGACGGAGUUAUCCUCGACCCAAGGAGUUUGGCAAGUUCUAGCUCAAAUUUUGACAGGUCGCACGUCCGCUCUUCCACUCCUGUUUCCGGAUGGGUCCACCAUAAGCACUAAAGGUCCGGCGGAAGUGUGCUACACAGAAUCAGUAUUUGCUCAUAAACGCUACGCUCUGAAUGAGGUGGAAGGUGCUCUUCUUUCUCAACUCUCCACUCUGGGCGGAAGUAAAUCCGUCGUUCGGAUUCUGGAAGUUGGUGCUGGAGUGGGCAGUGAGACGACUCACCUUCUCAAACACAUGAGUAAAGCAGGCGUCGCGCAUUUUGAGUACACCUACACGGAUUUGGCACCCUCGUUCUUGCAAAAAGGAGAAACGCUGUUUGCCGAAAGUGGGAUCUCUGCGAAAUUCAGGGUACUUGAUGUGGAAAAGGAUCCUAUGGCGCAGGGGUUCACGCCCAAGCAGUACGAUGUUAUUGUAGCAUCAUGGGUACUACAUGCAACAAAAAAUAUUGAGGAAUCUGUAGCCAAUUUGAUACUGUUGCUGCGCCCGGGUGGUUAUUUCCUUAUUACAGAAUUAGUCGAGCCUACUCGCGCGGUAAAACUUUUGUUUGGAGGGUUGGAAGGAUUCUGGAAGUUUGACGACACGAAAAUUAGGCCAUGGCAUUGCGAACUUUCGGUGAAGGGAUGGCAUUCUUUGUUAGAGACGAAUGGCUUUGAGGUUGCCAGUUUGGAAAGUUAUGCAGGAGCGAAUGCCUUAAUUGUAGCUAAAUUAGGGGAAAGUAAUAAGAUUAUAACAAAGCAUUCGUGGGAGGAACUCUCAGUUCAGAAACUGGGUCACACUUGGAUUCUGUUUGGAGACACGAAUCCAACAUCACCUUCGGCAGAGUUGCAGAGGAAUUUAGAGGCAGUUAACUGCCACAUUGUGCGAAUAACUCUGUCUGACAUCCAAUCAGGCUGCAUGGAGACUAAAGUCACAGAAAUUCUGCAGCAUACAUUUACAUUGGAAAACGUAAAAGUGCGUGGACUUGUUUACUCUUGGGCCCUAAACGAGGAAUUAACUACGGCUCAAAUCUGCGAACCUUUCCUCUACAUUUGCAAAUACUUGGUGAAAGUCCAGUCAUCCCUGCGAGUCGUUGCUCUCACGAGAGGAAAUAUGUCUACCGGUGGUUCCGAUUUUUAUCUCAAACCUCCCAUCGCAUCGCCACUAAUUGCCAUGGUCAAUGUCCUCGCAAACGAAAACAUGGAUCUUUCCUGCAAAUGUGUGGACAUUGAUCCCAAUCCAAAAAUUGAGAGACCCGUUUCUGACGCUUGGAACGAACUGUUUGCCACAGAUGCAGACGUGAUGGUGGCCUAUCGCGCUCAUCAGCGAUGUACACCGCGUCUUAGGCCCUACAAGGUGAAAACAUCCCCACUUCCUAUUCCAAACACGCCUCGUUAUAAAUUAGUUCUCCCACCUUCGCACAUCAUCCAAGAUUUACAAUUCACACCCUGUGAGCCGGAACCCUUGGGGGAAUCCGAUGUCGAGGUUGAAGUGAAAGCGUAUGCUCUCAACUUUUUGGAUGUCCUCAUGGUCACAAAACCUGACCCAGUCUUCGAAAAGUACAACUACCUCGGAGUGGACAUUGCCGGGGUGGUGACGGCAGUUGGAGCUAACACGAACAGGAAAGUUGGCGAACGGGUUGUCGUCGUACGUCGACACGGACUUGCGAUGCCGUCACACAUAAUCUCACCUGGCUAUCGGACCUGCAUCAUUCCUGAUGACAUCACAUUUAGCGAGGCAGCCACUUUCCCAAUGGGUCUCCUGACGGUGGCCACGUGUCUCGUCGAUGUGGCCAAAGCUGGACCAGGUGACGUUGUCCUUAUCCACACUGCAUCCGGAGGAGUUGGUCUGAUUGGGAUUCAGAUAGCGCAGCGAUUGGGGGCCACCGUCGUAGUCACGGCAGGGAAUGAGAAGAAGAGGAACUAUCUCAGAUCUCUCGGCGUGAAGCAUGUCUUCAAUUCGAGAUCGACCGAGUACGAGAAAGAUAUCCGAGCUUCUCUGGGUGGUCGGGGAGUCACGAUUGUAAUGAAUUCGCUUACAUCUCCUGGUUUCAAAGAAGCAACGCUCAACCUUUGCGAGAAGGGGGCAAGGUUUGUGGAAAUGAGUAAAAUGAACAUUUGGUCAAAGGAAGACGUCGAAAAGUUGAGGCCCGACGUGUAUUACGAAGUUGUUGAUGUUUCCACCCUCUCAGACGAAAAACUUAACGAAUUAGCCGUAUACCUGCAAGACCAACUUCUACGACGGAUUGAAGACAGACCGACGCCAUUACCGUUCACAAGAUUCAAUGCGAGCGAAAUUAGGGAUGCUCUCGAGUACAUGGAGAAAGUAAAGCACAUUGGAAAAAUCGUCCUUGUUAUGCCGGACCAGGGUGUGGGAAAAGAGCAGACGUUCCACCUUUUUGAUGGAAGGUCAACCUAUAUGAUCACAGGUGGUUUGGGAGGAAUUGGAUUGGAAGUUGCCAAGUGGAUGGCCACGACGGGGGCACAAAACUUCCUCCUGCUUGGACGAUCUGCACCAAAACCGGAAGCCUUAGACAAAAUUGAGAAACUUCGCAGAGCUGGGGUAAGAAUUGAAACCCGUUCCGUGGAUGUUGGAAUAAUGGAGGAAUUGCAACAAUUAAUGACGGAAUUCGACUCUGGUGCCCUGCCCCCAUUGAGGGGAAUUAUGCAUGCAGCUGGUGUGUUGGAUGAUGCAACUUAUGAAAACCAGACGUGGGACAAGUUUGAGAAUGUCUUCAAUUGCAAAGUUCAAGGGGCUUGGAACCUUCAUCAAUUAAGUCUAAACCUUACAUUUCCACUUGAACAUUUUGUGCUCUUUUCGUCCAUGACGGCCACAAUUGGUGCAGUGGCCCAGAGUAACUACGCUGCAGCGAAUCAAUACUUGGACUCGCUUGUGCACUAUCGGUCCUCCCUGGGCCUGCCCGGAACGGCUGUGAACUGGGGGCAGUGGGGCCAGGUUGGACUAGCUGCAAAUCUUCAUGUGGCAUUAAACAAGCCUCUCACCAUUCAUCAAGGCACGGCUGCAUUGGAACAUGCUCUUACCUCACACAAGACACAGCUAAUGGCACACGAAUCGGAUUUGGGUGGUUACAAGGCAGUCCUCCCCUCGUGUAAAGGACUUUUAGUGGAUUUUGAAGAGGACUCCGUCGCACAGGGUGAGAUUGAUGGGGACGAGUUUUGGCGAGAAUAUGACGGUGCGAUCAACCGAGAUGCAAAGUGCGAUAUUGUUCGCAGAUUUCUGAAACGCCUCAUCCGCAUCACUCUGAAGAUGGACAAGAACGAAGAGAUUGAGGACCAAGUCAACUUUCAGGACAUGGGAUUUGAUUCGCUUCUUAUGGUCGAGAUGAAGAACGGGCUCCAGGCCUCGGUGGGAAAACGGGUCAAAAUCUCCAUCAAUGCGGUCAAGGAUUGCAAAACUGUGGCCCAAUUGACUGACCGACUUGUUGAAUUGAUUUCGGGGAAAGAAGACCUUCCCCCACCGACGGCACAGGAACUGCAACAGCUCGUGGCAAUGGAUUCCACUUUACCAGAAUCAAUUCGAGUUGACGCCAGUCUUGUGGGGUCACUAACUACUCCCAUCACGAAAAUUACUACAGUAUUAGUUCUCGGUUGCACUGGUACUCUGGGUCCGUACAUUGUUGCAGAGCUAUUCAAAAGGCGUCACAUACAAAAAGUUAUUUGCAUAAUGCAAAGUAACCCAAUGAUCUCCCCGCUUGAGAGAUUCCGUCGUAUCUACGAAAAGAAAGGGCUGCUUUCGGAUAUCGAUAUGGAUCGUAUUGAAUGCAUCGUGGGUGAUAUUAAGGACCAUCAUUUUGGACUUGUUGAACCAGUCUAUCGUCACCUCUGCACAGAAGUGGACGCAGUUUUUAACCUUGCAGUAAAAGUUGCAUUUGAAGAGGUCUAUCGAUGUUCGGAAGAUCCCAAGAGCUCACGUGUCACCAAUGUUUUCGGGAUGAGGAACGUUUUACAAUUUGCAGUCGACAAGAAACUCAAGUACGUUUAUCACGCGUCCACAUUUGCGGCAGAAACCAGAGUCGAUGACGAUGGAUAUUUUUGGGAGGGUUGGCCUGCAGAGGAGGAAGUCGCAAUGUUCCCUAAUUCAGCCUACUCUAUUUCCAAGCUGAUUUGUGACCGUUUGGCGGAACAGGCCGUGGCUGCUGGAGUUCCAUGCAAAGUAUUCAGACUUCCACAACUGGGAGGCGAUUCUGUUCGUGGGGGCAACAUCCAACUCGACUCGUUCCUCAUGAUGCGUUUCUUGGCUUAUCUCUACAUCGGAUCCAUGCAUGGCGUCAGAAUUCCGCUCAGCUUGAUGGCGGUGGACCAAUGUGCCAAAUUAUCGAUCGAUCUCUUUUUUAAUGACAAGGCUGGAUAUGAAAUGUUUAAUGUGCUCAAUCCGCAUUUGGGUGACGAGAGGGAAUUUGAAACACUUGCCAAGGAAUUUGGCGUGGCUGUGCAAGUUAUGGAUUCCACAGACUUUUUGGAGAAAUGGAAGAAAAUGGAUUCCAGCGACGAGAUGAUUCAGCUCGUGAAAUUUGCCAUGACCCAAGAACAAGAAUUAUUUAAACUUCGAGAUGACAAAAUGCCUUACUACGUGUCUUGGCUAAAUGGCAACGACCGGGUCUUUAUGAGCAAAAAGUUGCAAAACCUGAUGCCAGAAGAAUACCCCAAUUGUAUAACCUCAUCCAAGGAAAUACUUCGACGCGACCUUCGACACGCGAGAGACACUGGUGUUUUCGACCGCUACAAGAUUAAACACUCCAACCCAUAUUUGCUUUCAUAAUCUACAUGUUGUUAUUUAUUAAGUGUGCGUAUUUUUCCAUUUACAGCGAAAUUGCUGUGUAUUAUUAUUUUAUUUUACAAGUGAAUAACUCAAUAUUUGUCCCGAAAAUUAAUAUCAGAACGAUUACUUGCAUGGUAUUUUGAAUGAAGUCUUAUUAAUGCACAUCACUUGUGCGGCAAAAAAUUUUAGUGGUAAGAAUUAAGUUUAUUAUUUAUAAUGUGAUUAAUUAUUUCAUUCUUUGUUUAGGGUUACGCAAUUUUACAAAACAAAGCGUCAAUUUUAUAAUCGCAAGCAUUAUUGACCUUAUGAUAUUAAAUCAUUAUUAUACAUA